CUCUUCUCUCGCUGGUUACAAGGGAGCCAGUUUCGGCAGCGGCAACACCGCUGCGAUCACCCCGCUUCUCUUCUUGUAUCUAACGGUUGCGAAAUAUUUUAUAGACCUUGAUGUUAAGCAUCGCGCAUCAUGUCCAUCGCGAAUCCUACCCAGUCCGGCUCCGGAUUCCUAACCUUCAACUCCAUGCCUCCGCGCAUAUGGCUGACUUCCUCCUCUCCCCAUCCACCGGAAAAGGCUCUAUUAUAUUGGAAAGAGGAAGGAUUUGACGCGACAUACUUCCCUUACACGCCCCACGACCAACAAGGCUACCUCAGAACCUUAAAAGCCCUGCACAAUGACUUAGAACUAGGUGAGACCUACGCACUGAUUUGCCACGGAGAAGCGGCGAGCGUGGUAUUGAAAGCGGCGAUUAAACCGAUGCCGAAGCUGUGCGCGUUGGUAGCAUACUAUCCGACCGUGUUACCGAAUCCGAAAACCAAGUAUCCGAGUUUGUUGCAGAUUGUUGUACACAUCGCGGGUUUGAGUCAGAUCUCUGCGCCACCCGAAACGUGUGAGUGGAAGUGCUAUCGUUACGAGCACUGCACUUCUGGUUUUGUAGAUCCGGCAGCGAAGCAAUAUUCGGAGGUCGAAGCGAAUCUUGCGUGGAGUAGGACAUUGGCCUGUGUGCGGAGGGGCUUCAAGAGGGAUGUUGACCUUGAGACUAUAGUGGAGGAAAUGUGGCGAGGGAAAUAUGAUGUUGACGUGCCGGAACAGGGGAGUUUAGCAGUGGUGAAGAAUAUGACGCAAGCGAGCCCACACGUUACAAUUCUCCCUACUCUAGAAGGAGGGAUGGGGAGGAAGAAAUUGGAGGAGUUUUACCGCGAGUUCUUCAUUCCGAGUUUGGUGGAGGAUUUUGACAUUCGGUUGGUUUCCAGAACUAUUGGUGUUGAUAAGGUUGUGGAUGAGAUGGUGGUGUCGUUCACACAUACCGACGAGAUAGAUUGGAUUCUACCAGGAGUACCGCCGACAGAUAGACAUGUCGAGAUCGCCGUCGUCAGUGUAGUGACGGCGAGGGGUGGCAAAUUGGUAUCAGAACAUAUGUACUGGGACCAGGCUUCUAUCCUCGUUCAGGUUGGACUCCUAGAUCCGAAGGUCGUACCAGAGAAUAUGAGAAAGGAUGGCCUUAAGCGAUUACCAGUAGUCGGAGCAGAAGCAGCAAGACAGCUAGUCCAGCCCAGACAAGCAAGAUAUAAUGGACUGCUUAAAGAGCACGGACUGAUGGAGGGCUUGAAUGGUGUGAAUGGCACGAACAGUGUAAAUGGCGCUUAGAGAAAUAUUGCUUGGUAACUUGUCAGUUAGUGUCUGAGAUCGAUAUCUGGCGUUGUUUCAGCCAAUGAAGCUGCAUGUCGGCAAUUUGUACUUGUCAAGAACCCAAUAUUUC